AUGACAGCUCCUUCUUCCUCCACUUGGUCUACACAAAAAAUAAAGAUCACAAUCAUAGGUGGGGGAAUCUUUGGUAAUUCUGCUGCAAACAAUCUCAUAAAGGCCCACCCACUGUACGAAAUCACCUUGAUAUCGAACAGGGACUAUGCCCUAAACGUUAUGGCCAGUCACAGGCUUGUUGUUGAUGGGUUCAAUUCAAAACAAGUUACAAGACCUCUUUCUUCAAUUAUCAAUAACAAGGUAAAAAUUGUCGUGGUACAGGAUAUUACAAAUUUUGAUGAUAAAUCUACCGAUAUCAUCCUGAUGGCAAGCAAUCAGCAAAUCAAUAUCCCUCAUGAUAUCCUCAUUCUAGCAACAGGUUCAAUUUGGACAAAUCCCAUACUCACCAAUGAAUUUGGGGCCAAUUUGGGUCAAAUGGACCAAUAUGUUAAUGAACAAAUGGAACAACUCAAGACUGCUAAAAAAGUUGUUAUUGCUGGGCUAGGAUUCGUUGGGAUUGAGUUAGCAGGGGAAUUAGGCCAUAAGUUCAAGAAAGAAUUAGGCACAGGCCAAAAAAAAAUUAUCUGUGUUCAUCCGUCUGAUAGUGUGUUGGAUGAAAACUAUAAACACAGUAUUAGAUCCUCAAUUAAGGAUUAUUUGAGCGAAAUGAACCUCACUUUGAUGUUCCAUGAUGUGGCAUUAUUUGAUGAAUCUGAUCCUAACACAGUUAUCCUUAGGUCCUCAAAUACCGUUAUAGAAGAUGUUGAUGUUUUUUAUAAUUGCACUGGUCCUAAACCAAAUUUGCCACCAACCACUUUACAAGAAUUGGAUCUUAGUAAUAGAGGUUUUGUUAAAGUCAAAAAGACCCUCCAGACUUUAAAUUACCCAAAUAUUUUUGCCAUUGGUGAUAUUAACAAUGUUCCCGGCAAAAAUAUGAAUUACCGAGAAGAGCAUAUCCAAGUCUUGAAGCAAAAUGUCCAUGCUGUGGUUACCAGCAACAAGAGUGGUUUCAAAGAUUACGAAGCAAAGGAAAAAGCUCUUGGAAUUUCAAUCGGACCCAAAGCCGGGGUUGGUCAAGCCCCAGUACCAGUUGUGGGAACUAUUAAAGUUCCUGAUAUGCUUGUUGUAAUGUAUAAGAGUAAAACAUUGUACACCGAUAAGCUAAACAGUAUUUUGGGAAAGAUUUGA